GCAGCCCCUCUCCGGAGGCCUUUCACACACCACUCAUCAUCCCUCUGCCGCCGCCGCCACCACCACCACUGCCGCUAGCCCCUGCCGCUCGCAAGACACAGGUAAGCAGCCACUGGGGCUCGUGGGGCUCUUGCAUCACCCCCCAAAAAAACAAAAUAUAGUCCGGUCCUGCACAAGGUCUGAGGGACAGUGGACCGGCCCCCUGCUGGAAAAGUUUGCUGACCCCUGCAUUAGACCACAGAACACACAGAAUGAUAACAAUGAAAAGCCACUAUGAUCCAAAUGUGUGUUUCUCUUUUUAUUUUCUUUUAAAUUUUGGCCAGCCAAUAAAUCCAAAGAGACAACAGCUGAAUCUCUUUCUAAAAAAAGAAAAUAUUUGGGAAGUGCACCUGUUUGUGGCCUUUCUUGAGCUCCCUUUGUUCUAGCAAGAUCACAGGUGAAGGCCGUCAGUCUUAAAAACAUUUCCGGUGAACGACGCCUGGGCCAAAGUCUUUGUAAUCAUUGAGGGUGACCCACAUUUGUCUGAAAGAUGUCAAGCAAGUCAGGAUGGAGGCCCCAAUCCACACGCAGUACUUCCUCUCUGGUGGGGCAAUGAUCCUUACCGAUAUCCCGAUCGGCACUUGAAGCUGCAUUUCCUUCAGGAUACGCUCAUCCAAGCCAUAAAACAAGGUGGAUCCACCCGAGAGGAGAAUGUUCCCAUAUAGAUCUCUGCGGACAUCAAUGUCGCAUUUCAUGAUGCUGUUGAAAGCCAUUUUGUGGACUCCGGGAGCAUCGACACCAAUGUUAGCUGGCGCGAAAAGGGCUUCAGGGGCUCGGAAGAGUUGGCUUCCGAUUCUGAUGAUAUUACCAUCUGGUAGUUUAUACUCUCUGAGAAGGUAUUCUGGCUUAGCUUUCAUUUCUUGGAUGGGAUCUAAAGCCACGUAGCAGAGCUUCUCCUUGAUGUCUUUCACGAUUUCCCUUUCUGCUGUGCUGACGAAGGAAAGCCCGCUCUCCAGAAGGAGCCUCAUGAAGUACUCAGUGAUGUCCCGCCCAGCAACGUCCAACCUGGAGACAGCAUGUGGCAAGCAGUAGCCUUCGUAGAUGGGGACUGUGUGAGUGACACCAUCCCCACUGUCUAUGACUAUCCCCGUGGUCCGUGCUGAUGCAUAGAGUGCCAAAGUAGCCUGGACAGCAACAUACAUGGCAGGCACCUUGAAAUUUUCAAACAUGAUCUCCGUCAUUCUCUCCCUGUUCUGGAGAGGAUUCAGUGGGGCUUCAGUCAAGAGCACUGGUCUGUCGCUGGAUUUGAUCCUCAGUUCACACUCAUAGACAUGCCUCCAUAUCCUCUCCAUGUCAUCCCAAGAUGUCACGAUGCCAUGGUCAAUGGGGUAAUUCAGUGACAAGACGCCCCUUUUGCACUGAGCUUCUUCUCCAAUGUAAAAUUCCUUCUGGCCAGCGCCAAGCAUUGUGGCUUUGGCUUUGGAGCGGCCAACAAUUGCUGUGAUGACCACCCUUGGGGCACUGUCCCCAGCAAUGCCAGCCUUGCAUAAUCCAGACCCAUUGUCAAAGAUCACAGCUGGGAUGUCUAGAAGCUUGGGAUCAGACAUUCUUUGGACGAUUCUCUACGCAGCUGGCCUGGAGAAGCUGGUCUGGUGAGGCAGGGUGGGAUUGGAGGCCAAACAGAAUGUUCAAGAAUGGAGGUUCUAGAGUGGUGAUGUCAUAUACAACCGCCACUCUGGUAGGCAAGGCUGUUGCUUUAGCCAAACUAUACAAGGCGAAGCUGAUCUAGCCAUCCUGAUGGAUGUUUUCAGGUUACUAAUUCCAACUCUUUUUUUUUUUUAACCUGGAAUACCUGCACAGUGGAAGGAUUAUUUGACAAUAGAUGAUCUCUCAAUAAAGGCUGUUCCUAGUAAGGUAAAGGUAAAGGGACCCCUGACCAUCAGGUCCAGUCGUGACCGACUCUGGGGUUGCGGUGCUCAUCUCACUUUAUUGGCUGAGGGAGCCGGCGUACAGCUUCCGGGUCAUGUGGCCAGCAUGACUAAGCCACUUCUGGUGAACCAGAGCAGUGCAUGGAAAUGCUGUUUAUCUUCCUGCCGGAGUGGUACCUAUUUAUCUACUUGCACUUUGACGUGCUUUUGGACUGCUAGGUUGGCAGGAGCAGGGACCGAGCAAUGGGAGCUCACCCCGUCGCGGGGAUUCGAACCGCUGACCUUCUGAUCGGCAAGUCCUAGGCUCUGUGGUUUAGCCCACAGCGCCACCUGCAUCCCAGUAGGCUGCUCUUAAUCAUCUAUAAAAUCAGGACCAUAGGUUAGUGGGUAAUGUGGUCCAAGAUGAACAGAAAAUAUGGGGUUGGUGGGUGAUUGGGAUUGCUUUGUACCAAAUCAGACAUGUUUGUCUACCAAGGUCACUGUUAUCAACACUGACGUAGCAGAGUACUCAGAAAGGAUCCUUUGCCAAGCCUACCUGGUGAUGCCAGGGGAUUGAUGCCUGCGUCAAUGGAGCCUCUCCAGGUUUCGGUUUGGACGUACUUGUGAUGCAAGUGACUGUCUCUGACUCUGAACCUCACACAGCACAGUCCUACGCAGUGCCACCGAGUUCAAUGUUACAGGGAACAAAGGAGGACUUCCUUCUGAGUAAGCAUCCAUGGGAUCUAGAUGCCUGCCAUUUGAGCUGCGGUGAUUCUGGAUAGUGUUGUUGUUUUGAGGUGGUGUUAUGUUUUAAGACCCCUUGCCUUUUUGUUUUUUUAAAGAACAGUGGGAGAGAAGUUUCAGUAACAAUAACAACAUAUAUAAUCUGAGUGCAUUAUAGAAAGCUAUCGAGUUUGACUGAAAUAUACAUCUCUCUCUCUCUCUCUCUCUCUCUCUCUCUGUGUGUGUGUGUGUGUGUGUGUGUGUAUAGUCACCUGUGUGUGCAGUUAAUGGGUAGAGAGACCUGCAGCAGUUGCAUUUUAAUUGCUUCUCCCGAUAGCCUUAAGUUAUGGCCAGCUUCAAAGCAAGGGUGGCUUCCAUUAAAUUUAAUUACUCUCCCUUGCAGCCAGCAUGGCAAAGGUGCCAGCACCUAAUUAAAGGUGGUUAUGAAUCAGAAGCAGAUCCGAGCUGGCUGAAAGAUUCAAGAUAAAGAGGCACUUCGAAACGUGAGCGGAGGACUUGUAGGUGCAAAGGGGGUUUUGUGUCGCAGGGAAAAAAAGAAAGAAAGAACCUUAGUAUGGCAAUAAUGGGCACUGGAGCUCUUGUUGCCUCCAGGAAUGUUAUAGGUUCCCCCCCUCAAGAAAUGUUUAUUAGCCUUACUGGGGGGGUGAGGAAUCUAUUAGCUUUUCAGAUGUUUCUCCCUAGGAAACCUCUCCACAUUUGCCACAAUAUUUUGCUCUGAGCCAGGAAUGGGGAGCCUGUGGCCCUCCAGAUGUUUUGGGACUCCAGCUCCCAUCAUUCCUGACCAUUGGCCAUGCUGUCUGGGGCUGAUGGGAGUUGGAGUCUAACAGCAGCUAGAGGACGAUGGGUCCUCCAUCCCUGCUUCAGGCAGAACUAAACAGCAACUCUGUGCAAUGGGUACACUUAGCCUGGAUAGCUCAGUAGGUUAGAGCGUGUUGCUGAUAACGCCAAGGUUGCAGGUUCGAUCCCUGGAUGGGACACCUGCAUAUUCCUGCAUUGCAGUGGAUUGGAUUAGAUGAUCCUCAGGGCUCCUUCCAAUUUGACAAUUGUAUGAUUCUGUGAUUCAAGUUUUAGGAUUGCAUCCAAAGUUAGUCCUACUCCCUAGUGGACCGAUUGAACUUAAAGGAUAUGACUAAUGUAGCUUCAUUAAUUUCAGUGGGUCUGCUCAGGGUAGGACUUAGAACCCUUAACCCCUUUACUGGUGUAGUGGUUAAGAGCGGUAGUCUUGUAAUCUGGGGAACCGGGUUCGCGUCUCCACUCCUCCACAUGCAGCUGCUGGGUGACCUUGGGCUAGUCACACUUCUCCGAAGUCUCUCAGCCCCACUCACCUCACAGAGUGUUUGUUGUGGGGGAGGAAGGGAAAGGAGAAUGUUAGCCGCUUUGAGACUCCUUAAAGGGAGUGAAAGGCAGGAUAUCAAAUCCAAACUCUUCUUCUUCUUCUACUUUAUAACAUAGAUUUAUUAAUUGAGAUGCAUUUUAUAAUAUACGAUCAAACUGCUAGGAAUUGUGCCCUCUUUAACUCUUAGCCUCGAUAAAUCUUAUAUACUUUAUUUGCUAUUUUUAUACAACUUUGCAUGGUGCCGUUGUGCAGUGGCUGCUGGUUUUAUUAAUGUUAAUAUGUGAUUGUAUUGGAAAUGCUUGCUAUGGUUGAUGGAAAUGCUUUUAAUGAUUUGCAGUUUAUUUUACAAUGAUUUAAAAUGUUGUAAUGUUUAUAUUAUCAAAAACGAUUUAUUUGUUGUACUGGGUUAUAACUUUUAUUCUGAGUAGGCCCACUGAAACGAACAGAUAAAAGUUAGCCAGUUCUAUUAAUUUCAGUGAGUCUACUCUGAGUAAGCCUAAUCUUGGCGACCAGUUAUGUUUUGAAAUGAUCUGAUACUGAGGUGUUAUUGUAUUGAUGUAAUGAUUGGCUUUUUUGUGUUGUGAAUUAUAUGGGUGUGGUUGGAGAUGGAAGUGUGGGGCUCUUAAGGCCAAGAUGAAUAAUAUAUCCAUAAGGGUUUUUUGUCCUCAGAGAAGUGUUUUACAUGAACCAGAGUGACAGCACAUUGGGCAAUGUGCAAAGCAGGGAGAACAGAGGAGGAGAAAACUCCCAGGUGCCAAUAUUCCAAGGCAACAUAAAAGACUUUUUAUGCAUGCGACAACAGCCGCACGGAUGCUGUUAGCCCAGAGAUGGAAAGAAGAUAAAGUCCCUACCAGAGAAGAAUGGCAAAUUACACUGAUGGACUAUGCCGAAAUGGCAAAAUUGACCGGAAAGUUCAGAAAUCAAGAAGACCAAAACUUCAACAAAGAAUGGGAAAAAAUUAUAUCUUGGAGACCACUGUAAGCAGAUGAAAACACUACCAGGAUUGCAAUAACACUUGUAAAGUAGCAAGCACUAUGGAGAUAUUGGGAUUACCAUACUUUUCCGUGUAUAAGACUAGGAUUUUUUUUUACUAAAAAAUAAUGUUAAAAGGGGGGGUAGUCUUAUACGUGGGGGCAAUCUCCCCCCAUUUUCUUAAUUUUGAGUCCCCCGACAUAGCCUUAUACAUGGGGGCAUGUUAUACAUGGAAAAAUACAGUAUAUAAAAUAUAGAUUAUUGAAAAAGAUGCAGUAGAAAAAGUUUAACCAAAGGACCCACGGAGGGGAAGGUGGGAAUUCCAGAGAUUUGAGGGAAUCUUUUAACUGUUGGUGUGUGUGAUUGUAUUGUUAGAACUUUAUAUUUGUAAAAUCAAAUAAAAAUGAUUUCAAGAAAAAGAAAAAGAGAACUCCCAGCAGCUACUCUCCAUGAUGACUAUUUUCUACUGGCGCUCUCUUAGGCAGAAUGUCUCUGAAUGGCACUUUGGGGAAACUACAGGAGGGGCGAGUGCUCUUAUGCCUAAGCCCUACAUGGAGAUUUCCCAGAGUCAUCUCACUGGACCCUGUGAGAAUAGGAUGCUGGACUAGGUGAGUCACUGGUCUGAUCCAGGGGGGCCCUUCUUACAUCUUUUAGGAUGUCCACCUACUCCAAAAAUACAGAAAACCUUCCUGCUCAUUCUCACAGACCAAAUCUCAGUCAAACAACCUCUCUAGAGGGUUUCAGCCUUCCCACGACAGAUGGUGACAAAGAACUUGGCUCAAGAAGCAGGAUUCUGGAAAACUGUGAAGAACGGGGUAGGGUUUUUUAUUUUAUAGCGAGGGCAAGAUUGCUGGAAUUUCAGCCCAAACACCUGUGAAUGGCUUCCCACAGAUGCUGAUCUCCCCCCCGUGAGGAGGCACAAAUCAUAAAUAGUUUAAUAAGCUAUUUAUAGGGCAUUCUUUGCCUGCUUUAUUUGAAAAUGGCUGAACACACAGUUUCCACUUCAGGUACUCUACAUAGCUUUCUGUGUUUAUUGACCUCUCUCUUUCUUUCAACACACACAAACCACUUUCUCCUCCAUUUGAUUCCACUGCUGAACAAGACCCAUUAGGCUUCCCCGGCACCAAACUCCAGUGAGUUUUCAAGUUAAAAAAACCAGGACAUUUUAAAAGCCACGUAGAAGGGGGAAAGAAAAGGUGGAUUUUUCAAGAACUGGAAUGAGAUUGGUGCUCCUGUGGAACUGGCUUUCAGGAAGGAUAAUGGCUGAUUUAUUCAUUUUAAUUUAAUUGGGUUAUUUCUAUGUUGCUGUUGGCAUAAGCCACAGGGCAGUGUACAGCAGAAGCCAAACAAUUUAUUUAUUUCAUUUAUUAUAUUUGUGUCCUACCUAUACCCCAAGGAGCUCAAGGUGGCAUGCAUGGAUUUUCCUCUCCCCAUUUUAUCCUCACAACAGCCCUGUGAGGUAGGCUGGGUGAAGAAACAGUGACUGGCUGACUUCCGGGGGAGGCGCCUCUGGCAAUGGCGGAAUUCCUCUGACCGGGAGGAAUCUGCUCCGUGGAAAUCUGGGUCUGGCCGCCACGGCGAAGGCGGAGACCCGUUAAAAUCACAGGCGGGAGAAGCCUGUGAACGUGGGAUUCGGCGGGCACCUUUUGCGCCUCCCCCACUCGCAGGGAACCCCGGUUUUUGGGGCUCCGGAGCGACGUGGGGUGAGCGGCGCGGUGCAUCGAAUUGUCUGCUUCUUCCACGGAGCGAAGCCGCAUAGCUGUCGCCAGAGAGCGCUGACCUUUUCCUGUGGACAAUUUGACUUUAAAGUAAUUACCCGUGAGUAGAGCUGAAGCAGAAGAAUUGGAUUUCUAAAUGUUUAAUUUGGCACCGUAAUGGGGAGGUUCAAAACAGGAAGUCCGCCUCCCCCUUUUGUAAAUAGAUUGAGGCAAUGAAGUUGCAAGCUGGAGUCCUGGAAGGUCUUUCGUAAAAGAUCAAAUUUCCAACGGUAAAGAACAUUAAACCCCUUCUUGGAGGCAGGAGAAGAGGGGGGGGUUGCGGAUAGAGAGAGCGAAGAGACUUAAAACACCGCCGCUCUGACCCUGGAAACGGGCUGCUAGUAGGACUGACGUCUUUUGGAAUGUUAAUUGACAGCAUUGAGAACGUUCAUUGACAGCUAGUUAAAUAAGAGAAAUACAUUGUUUCUACUGUCUCCGGCUGCUUUAAAAAGGAGUAAAAGUAACUGAAAAUUGAAACUAAUUUGAAACUAAUUUUGGAUUGUUUAAAAGAGGACACUAUUGACUAUUACAAAUAGAAACUGCUUCCCCCUAGUGGAAGCCUUUGAAACCGGUUGCUUUACAAGAGCUGGACUAGGGGAAUUUCCAGCUGCAAGUUAAAAACCGUGAGACUCUGGGACUGACCUUGAAUCUUUUAAGUGUUAUGGUAAAUGGAAGAGGAAAAACAGACCAGUCAACUGUUGACAAAACAUUAAGGUCUGGGAGGACUUGGUAACAAUCCAGGAGAGGUCUAUCGUUGGGCCCUUCUGUUCUCUCUGUUGUUGUCUUUGUACUAGUAUAUUUAAAACCAAGAAAUGUCGACAGAGGAGGCUUUGGUGGCUGCAUUAUAUAAGAUAAAUGACUCGUUGGACCAGCUUCACAGGAAAAUGGACACGAUAAAUGCGAAAGUGGAUGUUUCAAUUACUAAAAUUAACUUAAAUACAGAGAGUAUAAAUAAUACCAAUGCAGAAACCACCCAGGGAUUGAUGCAGGAACCUAUUCUGAUGUGGCGGGCUGUGGAGGAGGUCAGGGAGGGAGCUGUUGCUGCUGAGGGUAGAGUGACACAACUGGAGAGAAAGAGAAAGAGAGCCCCAGCCCUACAGAGGCAAUUUGAUGAACAUAAGUUGACGCUUGCUAUGACUGAACUUAAAGAAAAACAGACGAAUUUGAGGAUUAGAGUUCACCUUUGGUGGACAUGCCCAAGGAUUAAGACACUCUGGGAGAUGAUCCCUAACGAAAUGAAAAAGGUAUUUAAAUAUACCCUUUUGAAGAAACCAGAGGCCUUUCUCCUGGGCAUGGUCGGUCAAUUGGUGUUAAAGAAGGAUAGAAUUUGUUUCAUGUAUGCAACAAUAGCAGCAAGAAUACUCAUUGUGAAGUACUGGAAGACACAAGAUUUAUCCAUUCGGGAAGAAUGGCAGAUGAAGUUGAUGGACUAUAUGGAAUUGGCGGAAACGACUGGCAGAAAUCCGAGACCAGGGAGAAGAGCUGGUGGAAGAAGACUGGACAAAGUUUAAGACUAUUUAUAGAAACACUGUAAAAAUAAUGAAUGUUAGAAAAAUGUUGGAAUGAAGUUAUAUGGCUUUAGUAGAAAUGCUAUAAGGAAUCAAGUAUAAAUAGAUUAAUAGUGUAUUAAAAGGAAAAUAAGGCUAGAAUAUGUUAAAAUAAUUAUAGGAUAGAAAACAGAGGAAGAUGGAAAGGAAUUGCUAAAAUAAUUAAUAGAAGUGGAAAACAAAAAGGGAGGUGUGAGGAGGUCGUGGAAAUAAGGGAAUGAAAGAUAAGACAUUGAAAUUGUUCUGUGUUUGAAAUGGUUUGUGUUUUGCUUUGUUAGUUUUAUGUUUUUCUUUUUUCUUUUUUUUGUUCUUUCUCUUUUUUUGUCUUUCUGUUUUGUUGUGUUUAAAUGGUUGAAAAUUAAUAAAUAUCAUUUUAAAAAAGAAAAAAGAAAAAGAAACAGUGACUGGCUAAAGAUCACCCAGUUGGCUGAAUGGGGAUUUGAACCUGAGUCUUCAGGUCCUAGAUUGAAACUAGCUAUGAUACAACACACCAGCUCUCUGAUAAAAAGAAUCCAUGAAAUAGCACCGUUUUAAAAAGCAGCAAUUCACAGCAAUUCACAAAAUUGGUGAUGGGGAGUCUAUAGCCCUCCAGUUGCUGGUGGCGCUGUGGUCUAAACCACUGAGCCUCUUGGGCUUGCCGAUCGGAAAGUUGGCGGUUCGAAUCCCCACGACGGGCUGAGCUCCCAUUGCUCUGUCCCAGUGGCAAAGCUGCAUGCUCUGGCAUCAGGGGUGGAGAUCAGGAGGGGGCGUAGCUGGCGCGCAUCCCAGGGGCAUGGCACGCCACCCAUGGGCACAUGGCGCACGUCCCGGGGGCAUGGUGUGCCGCCCGUGGGGACAUGGUGCCCUGCACGGUGGGGUGUGUGCGGCGUGUGUCUAGGGGGGGACCAGCCGCCAUGGUACCCCCUUCCCCAAUGGUGUGGGGGACGGUGCGCUCCCCCGCCCCCUUUCCUCCGCCAGUGCUCUGUCCCAGCUCCUGCCAACCUGUCAGUUCGAAAGCAUGCCAAUGCAAGCAGAUAAAUAGGUACCACUGUGACAGGAAGGUAAACAGUGUUUCCGGGCACUCUGGUUUCCGUCACGGUGUUCCGUUGCGCCAGUAGUGCUUUAGUCCUGUUGGCCACAGCUGUCUGUAGACAAACACUGGCUCCCUCGGCCUGAAAGUGAGAUGAGCGCCGCACCCCCAUAGUGGCCUUUGACUGGACUUAACUAUCCAGGGGUCCUUUACCUUUUACCUUUUACCAGUUGCUGAACUCUAAUUCCCAUCAGCCCCAGCCAACAUAAUCAAUGCUGAGGGAUCAUGGGAGUUGUAGUCAGGCAGCAUCUGGAGGGCUAUAGGUUCCAUAAAUUGGUAACAAUAAUUUGAGACGUUCAAAAAGUAAUAAAUCAUAAUAGGCUAAAAACAGAUGAAAACUUGCAUCCUCUUUCUCAACAUCUGGGUAGGCUUGUAUAAACAAAAUGCUUUUUAGCAGCCGUAGAAAAAUGUGCAGUGGAGGCUCAGCCCCUCCAAGUGUCCCUAUUUUCCAGGGAAAAUCCUGGAUUUACAGAAGCCAAUCCGGUUUCUGAUUUGAUCCUGGAAUGUCCUGCUUUCCCUUAGGAUGUCCCUAUUUUCAUUGGAUAAAUGCUGGAGGGUAUGGAGUCAUGCGAACCCCCCCCCCCCCAAGCCAAGGAGAAAAGUAGCUGUACAGCAUUUAGAAGACAUCUGAAGGCAGCCCUGCAUAGAGAAGCUUUUUUAAUGUUUAAUUAUGUUUUUAUAAAUGUUGGAAGCUGCCCAGAGUGGUUGGGGCAACCCAGUCAGACGGGCGGGGUAUAAUAAUAAUAAUAAUAAUAAUAAUACAGUAAAACCUCGGUUGUCGAAUGUAAUCCGUUCCGGAAGACCAUUUGAUUUCUGAAACGUUCGACAACCGAGGCACAGCUUCUGAUUGGUUGUAAGCAUAGCUGUCAACUUACAGAUUUGAAAAUAAGGGAUCAGCAGCCUUGAAAAUAAGGGACCAGCAGCCAAAAUAAGGGACCUCACCUGUUCCAGGCACUCCAGUCUUCCUGUCCUCCUGAAGUCUGGUCAAACUCAUGCUGGUAGCUUCGAGAACACUGUCCAACCAACUUUGUAACCAGAGGUUCAACUGAAUAGAAUCUGAAUCACAUGCACCACAAGGCCUAUGCAGUCUCAACUUAAGAUGGCUCCCCGGCCUGGCUUUGCACUGCAAAGUUUGCAGCAGCACGUGCAACAAAAUGGCGUCCAGCAUUCAAAAACCUCCUCAGCUUGCAUUAACUAGCCACACACAAGGCAUGCAAGCUCCACCCCCCAGUCGUUCUUAGACUUCUUAUUGGGUGAGCAACACAGCCAAGCAACACAGUUGGAGCCUCCCUCCUCCCGGGCCGGCAGGGAGGGAGGGAGAGGAGCUGCUUCCUUUGAAAUUUAAGGGACAUCAUUUAAGGGACAUUUAAGGGACAUCCAUCAAUAAGGGACAGCAGCGGGACAUGGCGCUGGAAUAAGGGACUGUCCCUUCAAAUAAGGGACACUUGACAGCUACGGUUGCAAGAGCUUCCUGCACUCAAGUGGAAGCUGUGUCAGAUGCUAGGUUUCCAAAAAAUGUUAGAAAACUGGAGCAUUUACUUCUGGGUUUUUGGUGUUCGGGAGCCGAAACAUACGAUAACAGAGAUGUUUGGAAACAGAGGUUUGACUGUAAUAGAAUAAUACGUCUCUCUUGGGGGUCCCAAAAAAAUUUAAAGGGAAAAAAACUGGAUGUACAUUUCCAUAAUAUAAGAUAAAAAACAAAUAAAAUAAAGCCUACAUACAGCAACAGUGUCUUGUGUUGUGUAGGCUCCUAUGAUGUAAUUAAUGGGCCCCUCCUGCUAGCCUGCUCCCUAAAAUAUCACUGGUUUGCUCAUUUCUAUAUAUAGGGUGCCUACAUUCUGAAUGGACUGGUUGCAUGACAACAUGUGCAAAUGGCUUUAGAUACCUAUUAGGUUCAUAAAUUACCAUAUAGCAUAUAUUCAGCACAAAAAACAGCGACAAUUUGUUGUUGACAAAGGACAGCUGGACAUAUAAAGGGCCCCAUUACCUUCAGUGGCUUAGGGCCUCAUCAAACCUAAAUCCGACACUAGGCAACACAAUGACAAAACAAUUUUGUGGGUGUUGGGGAAUUUUACUUUUUGAAAUAUGGCAACCCUACUGUUGCGUGUUUCUGGGAAUCAUAAGCAGGGAGAAUUUGUGUUUCACUCAGGUCGUGCUUGAGAGUUUCCCAUGGGGGCACCUGGUUGGUCACUGUGAGAACAGGACGCUGGACUUGAUGUUGUUUAGUCGUUGAGUCGUCUCCGACUCUUCGUGAUCCCAUGGACCAGAGCAUGCCAGGCACUCCUGUCUUUCACUGCCUCCUUGGUCAAACUCAUGCUGGUAGCUUCGAGAACACUGUCCAACCAUCUCGUCCUCCGUUGUCCCCUUCUCCUUGGGCCCUCAUUCUUUCCCAACAUCAGGGUCUUUGAUCCUGGACUAGAUGGGCCUUAGUAGUUCCACCCCCCACAAAUGUUUGGGGGUGGUCAUGGCCCAAGAAAGGGUAUUCUCUGUGACAGCCCCUAAAUUAUAGCAUUUCCUCCCCGCAAAGGUGCAUCGUUACCUUCGACACCUGAGAUAUGUGUUCUCGGGACCCACAUCAUUAUUAUGAUGGUGGAUUCUUUUAGACUGUUUCGAUAAUGUACCGUAUUUUUUGCUCUAUAGGAUGCACUUUUUCCCCUCCAAAAAUUAAGGGGAAAUGUGUGUGCGUCCUAUGGAGCGAAAGCGGGCUCCUUGGCUUCAGCGAUAGCAACGCGAAGCCUCCGAAGCGCAGAGGGAGCGCUCCCUCCACACUCUGGAGGCUUCGCGUUGCUUUCGCUGAAGCCUGGAGAGUGAGAGGGGUUGGUGCGCACUGACCCCUCUUGCUCUCCAGGCUUCAGGGAUAGCCGCCUGAAGCCUUCGGAGCGCAGUGCGAGUUCCCGCUGCGCUCUGGAGACUUUGGGUUCCUUUUGCUGAAGCCAGGAGAGCAAGACUCUCCUGGCUUAAGCAGAGAGGGAGAGCUGCGCAGCGCCCCUUCAGUGAAGCGGGAGGAGGAAUGGAAGGGGCUCCGUUUCUCCUGCCACUUCACUGAAGGGGUGCUGAGCAGAGAGGGGGAGAAUUUCUUUUUCUUGUUCUCCCCCUCUAAAACAAGGUGCGUCCUGGCCUUUCUCCUGGGCAUGGUCGGCCAAUUGGUGCCAAAGAAGGAUAGAACUUUUCAGCAAGAAUACUCAUCGCGAAGUAUUGGAAGACACAAGAUUUACCCACCCGGGAAGAAUGGCAGAUGAAGUUGAUGGACUACAUGGAAUUGGCGGAAAUGACUGGCAGAAUCUGAGACCAGGGAGAAGAAUUGGUGGAAGAAGACUGGAAAAAAUUUAAAGACUAUUUACAGAAAUAUUGUAAAAUUAAUGAAUGUUAGAAUGUUGGAAUGAAAUUAUAUGGCUUUACUAGAAAUUUUAUAAGGAAAUAAGUAUAAAUAGAUAAAUAGAGUAUUAAAGGAAAAGUAAGAUUAGAAUGUGUUAAGAUAAUUAUAGGAUAGAAAACAGAGGAAGAUGGAAAGGAAUUGCUGAAACAAUUAACAGAAGUGGAAUACAAAAAGGGAGGUGUGAGGAGGUCGUGGAAAUAAGUGAAUGAAAGAUAAGAUAUUGAACUUGUUUGAUUUAUUUGAUUUAUUUUAAACUGUUUUUGUUUUGUUUUGUUAGUUUAAUGUGUUUAAUGUGUUAAUGUUAUGUAGUGUUUUUGUACUGUAUUGUAUUGUAUUGUUUUUGUAGUGUUUAAAUCGUUGGGAAAGCAAUAAAUAUUAAUUUAAAAAUAAAAUAAAACAAGUGCGUCCUAUAGAGCGAAAAAUACGGUAUUUUAAAUUCUUCUAACCUGUCUCGGUACCUUGUGGCGAAGGGUGGGCAAUAAAUUGCAAUCAUGUAUAUAUGGAUAGAUUCCUGUUGAUCAUUUUGCUUUUCAUUUUAUUGUUUAAUCUUUCGGUAAGCCACAUUCAGGUUGUUGCUGUUGGUUUUUUAUUAAAAAAAAAUCAAGUGCUAUACAGUAUAACUCUUAUGGAAUAAAUAAAUGAAAUCAAAUCAAAUGGAGUGCUCUCAAAGAGGGCCUGGCUGGAUGACUGGCCAGAACCCUGAGCGAGAGUGCCAUUGCUAGAAAGUGAGGAUCCCCUGCAACAUUUUGUUGCAGACACCACUUGUCAACUACUCAAAAAAAAAGGGAUGUUGUUUCUCUCUUUGUUUCUGUUGGAACAUCAUAAAACACCACAGGUAAGAUCUAUGCUUCAAGCACCUUACAAUCAUAGCAGCAGAUAUAGCCGAGCAGGGAGAGGCGGCUGAGCCGCAGAUUCUCUAAAUAGCUCAGUGUUUGCAUCCAGCAUGUUAAAUAUGUGGAUUUUCCUUUCCCAGCCAGGCGUGUAUGUAUAUACAUUAGGUAUUCAGUUUCCAAGACAUAUGCCUCUUAAAAAAAAAGAGAAAAGCCCCAACUAUUUUCCCAGAGUAGGAAAUAAUAUAUGCGGCUGUAAGUGCCUCUUUUCAGAUUGUUUGGAAUUAAAUCUGAACUCCUUGGGGGCCUGUACCUUCCUGGUUGUUCAUCAUGACCAAAGGGUUCAUUACAUUUCAGAUGAUACUAUUAAAACUGGGCUCCCUCCAGAGAUACCACCAGAUAGAUGUAAUGGGUUUAAAAAGUAGAAGGCCAUGUCUUAACAUCCCCGAGGGAUUUCCAAGUUACCAAAUUCAGUAAUUUAAGUUUCCCUUAAAAGGACAAUGCCGGAGGUUUCGCUCCCCCCCCCCACCGUCAUCCUGUUUGUGCAGUUUAUAAUUUGUUUUCUAUAUUCUCUGUCUCUCUCUCUUAUUCCCCUCCAUCUUUUUUUUCCUUUUGGGGAGUUAGAAAUGAAAAAAAGAGCUUUCCUUAUUCACCCCCUUUUAUAUUCCAUUAAGAGAUAUUGAUUUUUAUAGCUUCUUUGGAGGGUCUGUGUGUUUCCCCUCCCACUGCAGAUGCGGCAAGCAUCUCUCUGUGUGUUUCCCCCCUAACCAUAUAUGGUUCUGCUGCGCCUUCAUUCUCACAACAACCCUUUGAGGUAGGCUAGUCUGAGAGGCAGUGGCUGGCCCAAGGUCACAGGGCAAGUUCCAUGGGUAAGUGGUGAUUUGAACCCUGGUCUCCCAGGUGCAAGUUGGACACUCUAACCCAGGCUUCCUCAGCCUCGGCCCUCCAGACGUUUUGAGACUACAAUUCCCAUCAUCCCUGACCACUGGUCCUGCUAGCUAGGGAUGAUGGGAGUUGUAGGCCAAACACAUCUGGAGGGCCGAGGUUGAGGAAGCCUGGGUUAGACCACUGUAACCACUACACCAUGCUUGUUCCGAAGGUUUAAAGGAAGGCUAUGAAGGUUUAGAGCAGGAGUGGUGAAACUAUGGUCCUGCAUAUAACAUUGGCUAUAUCCCUCAGGUGAUGAAAAAGACCUCAGCCUGAGACCACGGAGAGUUGCUACCAGUCUGAGUAGGCAAUACAGUGGUACCCCGGGUUACAUACGCUUCAGGUUACAGACUCCUCUAACCCAGAAAUAUUACCUCGGGUUAAAAACUUUGCUUCAGGAUGAGAACAGAAAUCGUGCAGCGGCAGCGCAGCGGCAGUGGGAGGCCCCAUUAGCUAAAGUGGUGCUUCAGGUUAAGAACAGUUUCAGGUUAAGAACAGACCUCCAGAACGAAUUGAGUUCUUAACCUGAGGUACCACUAUACUGAGUGAGAUGGAUGAACAGUCUGAUGAGCCAUAAGAGUUUCCUCAUGGAUCACGGAAUGGGGGGCAGGAGUAGGACUCUGAUGAAUGACCCAAUAAGAAAAUCCAGCACCACUAAUAUAUAUAUAUUUACUGCCCUAACAAUCUGCAGAAGCCUCUCCAAGUUGGCAUCAAUAUUUUUGAUGGGUGGGUUCCUAGGGAUAUGCAGAAGACAUGGAGACCUUUUGCUUCCCUCAAAACCCUGACGUAGUUUUGCAUCUCCAGAAAGCUCAAAAUAUAGCUUAACAAGAAACAUGGUGGAAGGGCUGUUACUGGGAGCCUUCUGCAGCCUACUUCGCAUCACGAUUAAUCUGGCUACCUUGUCUUGGAUGACUUACAUGCAGUGGCUGGUUUACUGCCAGUGAAUAGGUCAAAAGUCUGCCCUGGGCAAGGCUUCUUGGUCCUCCUAAGCCAUCCUAAGCAAACAUUGCUGCACAGUCUCUGCCAAGCUGGCAACCUCCACUUAUUUUGCAAGGCAGCUCAUUAACAGCUGGAGAGGUUAAGAAAAGUUUACUAAUGAAAGAAAAACCACUCCAGGGAGCUUCACCAGCAAAUCCAGGCAAGAGGAGGAUCCACAGACACAUAUUCUUGGGUGGAAAUUCUACAGUAUCAGCCCAACGUCCUCAAGAAAGUGGGACCUUUCCCACCCCACCGCCGCCGAGUUUAUAAAUCUCAACCGUUUUGAACAUCAAGAGCGAGUGCAUGGAGCCUUUUGAAGAUGUUUACUUUCGCUUUUCUAAAUAUUUAAAGCCCAUCAGCCAAAUGAAAGACAAAACCGUCAGGAUUCUUCCCUGCUCGGAUUUUUGGCUCGCCUGGAGCAUACAGGAUAAGGCUGUGUUAUAUAAACAGGAACCUGAUAUCUCUAAGCAGCAUCCAAGGAGCCUGGAGAUGUGAAGCAUGAAUUAGGGAAGUGUUAAUCAAGACAAUAGCCUAGAACUCUUGGAUCUGGAAGCACAGCUUGAAAGCCACCGACAGUUUCCUUGGCCUAUUCCCCUCUCUGAGAUACCCAGGCACUCCCAAAGAGCAAAGGGAAACCGAGCAGGGAGAUUGAAGAGGAAGCAGGCAACAAGCAAAAGGAAAUACAGAAGAAGUCUGGGACUAAAGCGUGGUAGAAGAAAUCAAGGGAAAGAAGAUAGAGAGAACUUCUUCCUUGAAGGCACAAGGACAGCAGGUGGCACCCACAACCCAAAAUUAGAAGGAGAGACAUGGGAGAUGGGGUGAACUAGGGUCCCCGCUUUAUUUAUUUAACGAACAGAGUUCUGCAGCCAAACCUGAACAAUUGGGUGGGGAUCAGCUGGGGCCAGCAUACACUCGCUACUGGGGUGUGCCAUGGGUUCAGAUGCACCCCAAAUCUCAAGAUGAAGCAAGGUGCUUUGAAGGGAUGGUGGACCCAUCCGAGAAGAGGUGAGAUCCCUACAAGGUGCCCUGGAUUGAAGCGGGGACUACCCAGAGUGCUUUGUGAGACCUCUGGGUAUAGGGCGGUGUAUAAAUUGAAUUAAUAAUAAUAGUAAUUAUUAUUAUUAUUAUUAUUAUUAUUAUUAUUAUUAUUAUUAUUUGUGGCCCCUUGGCAAUUCAAAGGCUGAAAAGUAAAUGCCUGCCAGGGUGGGGUAAUUGGGAAAGCAAACAUUGGUGAUUGGGGUGGGGGGAGAGAGCAAUUGGUAAGUCUAAUUUGUAAUCCAUGUGACUGGUUUUACCAGGGAUCUCUAAUAUCAGUGCUUUGGUGCGGUGUGUGUGUGUGUGUGUGUGAGAGCGCUGUUGCUGCUGCUGUGAAUAAAUAGCCUUGGUUUCAUGUGCUCUUUCGCAAGUUCUCCGAGAAGCAAUAAUGUCAUUUUAAAAGUUCUGGUGAAACAGUAGGAGCUAUUUCUGUGGCUUACUUUCCAAGUCCCGUCCAGUCACUUUACUCCCCUUUUCCUUCCAAAUCCACACAGUUCUUUGUCAUUCAUCCCCUUAAAAAUAAUAAUAAAUCAAUCUUGCUGUUUUGUUCUUGAGUCAGCGUACCAUUCCAUUCCUUUUGCCUACUCUGUCUUCCCAAUUACUAUCUUUUGAUUUAAUGUUGCUGUUUGAAUUUUUGAACCUGGGUAUCGAAGUGUUGCUCAGUUACUCCUUCUUAGAGUCAGUAAAUCCCCCCUUAGCAAUAGCUCUGGUCUGAAGCGCUUGCUUUUCGUUCAGUGAAGUCUGUUUUAUUUAGACUGUCUCAAGUAAUUUUAUUCAGCCGUAGUCUGCUUUAUAUUAUUAAAUUCUUAGUGUCCCUCUGUGUGUGGCGCUCUCUCUCUCUCUCUCUCUCUCUCUCUCUCUCUCUCACACACACACACACACACACACACACAGAGCCUGGGUCUGUUCCAAAUGAUUUUUAUUUAGUAUUUUCUAGUGGGGAGUGCCUGGGAAUUUGUAGAAACAAAAAAGUGUGUGUGUGUGUGUGUGUGUUUUAAAAAAUGGACAGUGUCUGUGUUUUGGACCCAUCACACCAACACUGAUGUAACACCCCCCCCCGAGACAUUUGUGCAAGUUUGCUGAUGCUUUCUUGAGAUGUAGCCAAACCUGUGCCAAAAAAUGGGCAAAGUCAUGCCAAAGUGGUUUUUCAGCCUGCCAUCUUGAUUCAAAAUGGCGGCCACAGGCCCAACAUCAAUGAAACCAGCUGCCACUGCAAUGGAAACCCUAGUGCUGAGUCUGGUGAUGAUGUUUCGAGAGGCAUUCCCUGUCCCCUUUUAUUGUUUUUUAAAGGAGGCAAGUAUCCAGAUCUUUGACGCAACUACAGAUUCUGAAGUCAUCCUUAGGCCAAGUGAGGUGACUGUUCUGGGCAGAGCACUGAAACACCAGAAGGGAUUGGCUGUUCGCAGCGGAUCAUCUGACGACAGUCGUCUCUCAGUAGGGCGAACCACUCAAGCUUUUUCAGUUGCAAUGAUCCCUGCUGCUCCAAGCGCCAACAGAGGUGGAAUUGCUGGCCAAGAAAUGUUAGUAAUUAAAGCUGUCAUUGUGAUUCCAGAGUAAGGGCUGAAACACCUGCCGGGAAAGGGUGGGGAGGAGAUUGAGCAAACAAAGCAAAUAGAUGGUGCCCCCAUUGCACAAUGCUACAGAGCAGCCAUUAAGGCUGGCAACAUCACCCACCAAGCUCUGGGGCAGCACAAAGAGUAUACCAGGCGUGGUAUAAAUGCAGGGAGGCCAAACUGGCCUCUGAAAGCAAACACACUUUGCUAGAUUGGUGGGCUCAUUUGGGUAAACAACCGGGAAAGUCUCAGGCUCCGCAAUGGUGGCGCUUUGCAUAAAUGAAAAAGCUCCUGCGCCUUCUGUGUUCGGAGGCCUUCAUCCGACUUUGCCCACAUGGAGAUUCCCAUUUCGAAAUGUAAUGUUAUAUUUUGUUCCCCCUCUAAUGAGGUUGCCAAGUGAUUUUUGCACCCCCAGCGGCUCUUUUGAUAUGGUUUCUUCCUCCUCCCAAAACCGCCAGCCUUCCCUUCCUUACUGCAUCUGCCACAGGGAUGGAGACAUUGUUAUUCAAAUACUUUUAAGUGCUUUGGAAAGGCAAUAGGAAAUGACCAUAAUGACAAUAAUAGCAAUAUUUGCUCUUUAAUGUCCAAGUUAUUUGGAGAUAUUUCUCUGCAAACAACCAUUUCUGGGGCCCCUCCUGGGGCUUCCCGUAAGUGCAUUGAAGUCUGCAGUGAACCCCAAAUUCACAGCUGCUUGCAGAAAGGCAUACCUGGUACCAUAAAGGGAAGAAGGAGCAAUGCAGGCAAUCUUGAGCAGGGCACCACCUCCUUGGCAAACCUCCAUGCACCAAAAACCUCCAUUAAACUUUCUUCGUGUGGAGCAGUUAAGGUCUAGCUGCCAUUUAAAAUCUCUCUCUCUCUCUCUCUCUCUCUCUCUCUCUCUCUCUCUCACACACACACACACAGACAUAUGCAUUCAGUACUAAAAAGAUCACUGCUUCUAAUUUGUCUGUAAUUUCUCCACUGAAGAGAUGCUAAUGUGCCUGUCAAUUUCAUCCAAUUCUGUCAAUAAAAAGAA